ACUGUCUCCAAAAUGAAGUUCGCAAUCCUCGCCGCCCUCGUCGCCCUGGCCGUCGCCGCGCCUCCCACCGAAGACGAGCUGCUCAUCGUCACCAAGAAGUUCUAUCCCGACUCCUUCGCCGUCUACACCGGCCACCACGACAUCGUCGAUAUCGUCAUACCCUUCAACGAGAUCAACUACUCCGAGGACAGCGACGAACAGACUGACGAAACUAAACUCACCAUCUUCUUCGUCGAAGCUGAUGUUAAAGACGAUGGAACUUACGACUACAAAGGCUUGUACAGCUACAAGAACGGCGUAACCAAGAAGGUGCUUGAGAACGGACAGUGCACCACUUUCGCUAAGAAGAAGAUCGUCUACUUCGGCGCUAGCGACGGCAUCUACAAGUACAAUGAACAAGACCAGACUGCGACCAAAUAUGGCACCGUUACUGAGAGCAUCAUCAGAAUGGCUGUUGAUAUCGCACACGCUCACGUAUAUUACUUAACUUCAGACUACGUUAUGUACAAAUAUGAUGAAGAUGAGAAAAUGGCCACUAAACUUGAAGCAGUUAAGGAUGUUAGAGACAUGGUUAUCGACUGGGACGGUAUCAUGUUCUUUUAUGACGGCAACCACCAGUUCUACACUUACAACGGCCAGCGUGUCCUUAAAAUCGAGGGUCUCCCCGCUCAUCCCGCUAAAGUAGCACUCGUCAGGCCUCCAGUUAUGGUCAACCAGGUUUACGCCGUUAUUGAUGGCCGUCUUUAUGAGCUGGAAGUGAACGGUACCAGCCAGAGGGGGGCUAUUAAGUUCCAGGCUCAACCGACCGCCUUUGCCCCUGACACUAUUCUGUACCAAUAUUACGCGUAUAAGCAGAAGAUUUACUUCUACAACUUGGCUACUGUAUUCGCUGACUUGAGCCUUGAAGAACUGAAUAAGUUCUUCGAACAUAAGCAGGAACAGAUCAACGCUUUCAAGACCACGAAGCUUACUAGCCGUCUGUAA